ACGAGGCAAAGGGGAGGGGCUUUUCAAGGGAGAAAUAGAGGAGAAAGGGCUGGAUGGGAAAGAUAGAGAGAGGGGAGGGAUACAGACAUCCGAUAAAGAAACACACAGAGAGAGCAACAGAGGUAACGCGAGGCUGCAGAGGGAGAUAAAGAUAAGGUCUGGAUAUAAAUGCUCACACCACCGGCCCCGGAAUAAAAACUAAGGCGAGUGACAGGAGGAUACAGAGAAAGGGGGGAAACAGAGAGAAGAUGGAUGUACAAACGGAGAACAUGGACCCCCCGCCUGGUGAAUCCCAGUCGAGUGGAAAAAUCAGAAAAGGAUUCAAGCUGUUUGGCAAGCGCAAGCCAGGUAACAUUUUCUCUAUUCGCAGCAAAGGGGAUGGGAACAACAAGUCACCUGUUCACAGGAGCAAAACACUGGAUGGACUAUCGGAGAAUGCUGCGCCAGAUUCGGAGCAGGAGCCGGAGAAGGAAAAGGCUCAGGAGGUGAGUCAGGGAGAGAUGGAGCAGGCUGAGGAGGAGACGCUCGGCGAAGAUGGCGUUCUGGCUGCCGCCCAUGCUCGCACCUCCAUUUCUUCAGCCAGCUCAGCCAAGUCCCUCAGCUUCCUGUCGUUGCUGAGGGGUGGCCGGAGAGGAGUGGGGGACCGGAGAGUCCAAACCGUGUCCCAGCCAACGGGUCGGCAACGUCGCGGGCUGAAAGGUCUCUUUGGCAAUGUUAAGUUCCGAUCAAAGGAUAAAGAGGACAAGGAGGAAGCCCCUCCGAGCCCGCUUCUCAUGUCGUCCCGUGCCAACAGUGUGGAAAUCAUCAAAGAGGACCUCACCCUCACCCCCAAGUCCCAUCCACGCUCUCUGGAAAGCCCAAAGUCUGAGAUCUGUGAGCCUGUCACCGGAGAGGACAGUGCAGCCACGACCCCAUCAGAGACUGUAGCUCCCCAGGACAAUGUGAGUAAAACUAAUGAGCAUGUGCCGCCUUUACCCACCUCUGAACCACCCAUGGUACCCGGUGAUAAAAGCCUAAGCUCAUUGCUGGCAGACAUCUCCUCUCUCCUGACCUUUGACUCGAUCUCAGGAGGUGGAGACAUCAUGGCUGAUGUGGAGGCUGAGUGGGGAAAAGCCAGCAGUGCCAUCAGUGCUGAAGUGUCGCCAUCGUCCACAUCUCUUUUCUCCAAACCCGCCGUCUCCUCUUCACUGACCUCUGCGUCUGUCAGAACUGCUGUUGCAGCAAAACCCUCUCCUGUAGCCAUCCCCGCAACAGCCUCGACCAAAUCCUUCACUCCUCUGACUAAGACAACUCCAUCCUCGUCUCCUGUUGCCAAGCCGAGCACCAUCAUCACAACGCUGACCAAAACUUCCACUCUGACUACUCACACAGUCAAACUGAGCUCGGACUGUACUCCAGCUCCUGAGCCUCCCAUCAGCAUUCAAAUUAAAUCAACUCCCACCGCAGCAAAAGCCUCAACUACUCCUGUAAUGACAAGCUUCGCUCCAAGAAUGUCUUCCUUUUCUACGACAACCGCAUCCACACUGAGCACCACCUCUACUGCCACCACAGCCCCGCCGAACACCCCGGCCACUGUGGUCAAGGCUCCCUCAAUUAGUCCAACUCUUACCUCUACAGCUGGCAAACUGGCUUCAGAGAUUGCAGCCCCCCCUCAAAUUGUUGCUUCAGUAAUUAAACCUAGCCCUGUAGCUGUGUCACCCCCUGCGCCAGCUAAACCUCCACAUGUGACCCCUGGCCCUCCCACUCCCGUUGCUUUAACCCAACCUCCACCUGCUAAAUUGGAUUCAGCUAGCAACGUGAACCUGCAAACUUUCACUUCCUACAAACCUUAUCUAAGUUCAGCUGCAGGAGAAUCUAAAGCCCCGGUUACAGUAUCACCAACCUGUAUGGUUACAACCAAACCCUCCUCUCCUGCACCGGUUAUCUCCGCCAAGAUGACGACAUUUUCCACAUCAACUACAGCCUCAGGCUUGGCAUCUGCGGCCCUUUCCAAGCCUGUACUUACCUCUAGCCCAAUGGGCUUAAAUCAGACCCCUCCCUCCCUUGUAACUGUCCCACAUCCUUGUCCUUCCACUACAACGACAACUAAAACCCAACCCAGCCUUGCAUCUGUCCCAACUCUGUCUUCAACUUCUGCAGAUAAGAUUCCUCCUACGACUAAACCUGCACCGGCCUCUUUAGAUAAGAUGCCCCUGGCUCCCUCAGCGACUCCAGUCCCUACCACUCAUGCUGUGGUUUCAACAGCAUCCUCAACACCUCCUGCUCCAGGUCAGAUCACAGUCUCUCAAUUUAAAGCCCCUCCCUCCCAUGCUCAGAUCCCGAUUUCUUUAUCUAAGGAGCCACCUGCUCCUGUUCAGAUUCAAGUUUCUUUACCUAAAGUUCUGCCUGCCCAAGCCCAAAUCCCAAUACCUGAAUCUAAAGAGCAGCCUGCCCCUGCUCAGAUCCCAAUGUCUGUAUCUAAAGAGCAGCCUGCUCCUGCUCAGAUCCCAAUACCUGUAUCGAAAGAGCAGCCUGCUCUUGGUCAGAUCCCAAUGUCUGUAUCUAAAGAGCAGCCUGCUCCAGCCCAAAUUCAUGUUUCUCAGUCUAAAACCCCUCCCGCCCCUGCUCAAAUCCCAAUUUCUGUGUCAAAAGAUCCCCCUGCUCCUGCCCAAAUUCAAGUCUCUCAAUCAAAAGCUCCCCCCGUCCCUGGUCAAAUCCCAAUUGCUGUGUCAAAAGAUCCCCCUGCUCCAGCCCAAAUUCAUGUUUCUCAGACUAAAACCCCUCCCGCCCCUGCUCAAAUCCCAAUUUCUGUGUCAAAAGAUCCCCCUGCUCCUGCUCAAAUUCAAGUCUCUCAAUCAAAAGCUCCCCCCGUCCCUGCUCAGAUCCCAGUUCCUGUAACUAAGGAUCCUCCUGCCCCUGCUCGUAUCCCAGCUCCUGCAUCUUCUGACCUUCCGGCUUCUGCACAGAUCCAAAUUUCUCAAUCUAAAGCCUCUGUUGCACCUACCUCUGCCACUUGCCCUGUCACCCCUCCUCCUUCUACCCCUGCACCUUGGUCAAGCACGGCACCAGCUAAGAUGAGAGGAAGUGGACAAGCAUCGGUGGAUGGUCAACUGGAUAGUCCACAGGUGCCCAGGGGGGCCCAGACAGUGCUGUCCAAAACAGAUGAACUGCACAAUGAGUCACGAACAAGCCUCCAGGAAUCCUCCAAGGAAAGGAGGCCACCGCAAGUAAAGUCAUCUGGACUUAGCAAAAUACCUGUAGUUGGAGGGAGCAGAUCAGGCAAAAUACCUGUCCGGGAAAGCCACCAUGCUGACGAUGAAGCAAACAGGGACCCACCGACUCCUGUCUUUGAAGAAGAGAGGCCCCAUUUCAACUCACAUGACGCAUCAAGCAAAGAUAAAAUCAGUGAUGUUGGGGCUUUUGUGCCCACCUCAAAACACACCCAGGAGGAGAGUCAGCAGCCCAAGGUCCCCACCAGUUUACCGCGUGACUCAAAGAUCCCUGUGAAGCACGGAGCACAGUCUCACACCGCCUCGCAAAUCCCUCAAGCUAGAGAGCCCCCACGCACCAAGAUCCCCGUGUCCAAGGUUCCUGUCCGCAGGGUUGGUGGUAAACCUGCAGCUACGGGUGGCAGCACCCAGAUACGAAAAUAAAGCGACGGACUGAAUCAAUCUGCAACACAGA